AUGGCGGAGAAGCUGCUGGUGAUAGACACGGACUGCGGCGUCGACGAUGCCCAGGCGAUCAUGAUGGCGCUGGUCGCCCCCGGCGUGCGGGUGCUGGGCAUCACCUGCUGCUUCGGAAACAGCUCCGUGGAUAACGUGUGCCGGAACGUGCUGCGGGUGCUGUCCGUGUGCGGCAGGGCCGAGAUACCCGUGUUCCGAGGCGCAAUGUGCACGCUGGUGGGGACUCCCGACCUCCCCAUCAGUCACUUCGGCUCUGACGGUCUGGGGGACGCUAUGGAAGACAGCCAGCCAGAUGUGUGGAGGACGCAGAUGCAGAAUGAGCAUGCCGUGAACGCGCUGAUCAGGAUGGUGUCAGAGAACGAGGGGCAGGUUUCUCUUGUGGCGCUUGGGCCUCUGACAAAUCUCGCUCUGGCUGUAAGACUAGACCAAGAGUUACCGAAAAAGCUGAAGGAUCUUUACAUCAUGGGAGGCAACAUGGAAGGUAAAGGGAACCGCACAAUAUGUGGAGAAUUUAACUUUGUGAUGGACCCAGAAUCAGCUUAUAUCGUUCUGGAGGAGUACCUCUGCCCUACUUACAUUGCAUCAUGGGAGUUUACCUGCAGAAACAAACUGUCAUGGGAUUUUUUUGAUGCACUGGUGAGCCAGGACACACCAGCAGCCCGCUUCAUGAAAAAGAUCACAUCCAAAUACUACUCCCGGGACACCGUGACGAAGAAGGAUGUCCUCUUUGGACGAGGCUUUGUGUCGUACGACUCGUACGCCAUGGCCGCGGCCAUCGACUGCAGCGUGGUGACCGAGAGCGUGCUGUGCCCUGUACGUGUGGAGCUGCAGGGGGCGCUGUGCCGCGGCAUGAUGGCCCUGGACCAGAACCACACGCUUGGGAAGCAGCACUGUGUGGUCGUCAUGACAGCAUGCGACACCGAGAAGCUGGCCAGUCUGCUCAUGGCAUCCCUCGAUCAACCUCGGGGGGCUCGAGACACGUAAACUGCCAGAUUGUGAUGGGGGGGACGGGUGUCCUAGGAAGCAGUCUUAUUUCAGACAACACCCAAAUAAAUCAAGCUCCAGCCCAG